CACAGGCAGACGUACUGGCAACCCCGCUGACGGAGAAGGCGAGCACAGUCAGGCUGACAGGCAGGGAGCCUGCGACCGCGUGUGCUUGCUUGUCUACCUGAGUGCAAGACUGACCGCAGAGAAUCCAGGUCGCCGCGUGCCCGAGAGUGCCAUGCCCCGCGGCGGCCGGAGCACACGAGCGCCCGAGAGAAGCUGCUGCGUCGCCAGCGUCAGACGCCAGCGAGUGGCCGGCGCGCCUGAACUUCGUGCCUCAGAAUCGGAUUAAAAGACACUAAUCUUGUCCGUGGACAUCGCCUCCAGAAAGAGUGAGAGGAAAGAGAUAAAACAACUCUCAAAUCACCUCGUUUCUGAAAUAAAUUAGAAAUAGAACAGACACUCACACGCGCCCGCACGAGCCGUCUAUCCUCGGACUCGAGACUCAUGCUAAGGUCGUCCUCCAUGAUGGUCUCGGCCUCAAGGUCCAGCGCGCCCCCCCGCUCUCCCUCCAUGAACAACACGAGGAAACAGUCGCGCGACCGAGGCAGGAGAGCCAGCGGGGGUGCCGCCUCCUCCUCGACCUCAGAGGCCGCGGCCGCCUCCUCUGCCUCCUCCAGCGCCGCCGCCACCACCGCAACCACCACCUCAUCCACCUCCACUGCCGCCUCCACCUGCGGAUCCGCCACGUGCACCUCUGCCGCCCUUGCCGGCACCACGGCCGCCGCCACAGCGACCCCGGCGGGGCCGGCGGCGGCGACGGCCAGCAGGAGCCAGGCCAGCUCGCCGUCGCCCUUCUCCUCCAACGCGCCCUCCCACCCUCCUCCACGCACGUCCUCCUCCUCCUCCAGCACCUCGGCCUCCAACGCCUCCUCCUCCUCCUCCAGUUCUCGCACGUCCUCCUCCACCACUAUCAACCACCGCGGCUCCAUCACGCCCACCACCACCCACCUCUCCGCAUUCACGCCCAUCUCCGCGCACAAAAAGACGUCGGCGCCCGCAGAGACCAGGCUGGUCGUGCUUGGCUCGCCUGCCGUUGGGAAGUCAGCCUUGGUAGUACGGCUCCUGACGGGCCGCUUUAUUUGGGAGUACGACCCCACGCUGGAGGCGGCCUAUCGCCACCACACGACUGUGGACGACGACCCCGCAGGUAACUGUUAUAUUUGA